GUCCGGAUAUAAACAAAUCUCCCCAGACUGAAUUUAACAACAUAUGAUCGAACCCAUGUGAUUCUCGGAGUCAUCGUCCAGACAGUGGAGUAUGGCUGCUGGGACGCUGCAGGAGCUCGUGUCCGCCGCCGCCUCUCUGCACCCGGACCGGGCGGCGGUGACGUACCACAGCCGCGGCUCGAUGCCCGGGAGCCCGCUGUGCCUGCGGUACCGAGAGCUGGUGGAGCUGUCCUCCGACCUGUCACAUGUCCUGCGGGACAACUGUCCUCAUAGCAACGGAGUCAUCGGGCUGUACUGUAUUGACGAUCUGUUCAUACCAGUGUGGAUCCUGGGGAUCCUUCAGUCUCCAGCUGCCUACGUCCCACUGGACCCAGAGGCUCCAGGACUUCUCUCAGCCAGGGUCAUGAACCAGUGUCGCCUCAAGUACUGUGCUGUGAAGACUGACCUCCUGCCGCGUUUCCAGACGGCUGUUGUCAAACACAUGUCUGUUGAUGUGUGUGUGGUGUUGCCCAGGUUUAAGCUGACCGUGGUACGGGUCACGCUGCUGCCAGCCGCUGAACACAGUCAGGAAAAACAACCGACUGUGUUGAGGACAGAUGUUGCUGAAGUCUGUGGUGCAGCUGUGAAGCAAAAAGACGGUGGCCACAAAGACUUGGCAUAUGUGCUGCACACAUCUGGAACCACUGGCAUUCCAAAGACUGUGAGGGUACCACACAAGUGUAUACUCCCCAACAUUCUGCACAUGAGAUCGUUGUUUCAGAUGACAGCAGAUGAUGUGGUUUUCAUGGCCUCGCCUUUAACCUUUGACCCCUCUGUGGUGGAUAUUUUCCUGGCCUUAUCAUCUGGGGCACAGCUCCUCAUUAUCCCCUCUGUGAUCAAGAAAAUGCCCAAUCAACUGGCUCAGCUGCUGUUCAAGCAUCACAACACGACGGUCUUACAGGUCACGCCCACUCUGCUCUGCCGCUUCGGGCAGCGCGUCCUCCAGCAGGAGGUGUUGUCCUGUGGCUCCUCGCUGCGGGUGUUGGCUCUGGGUGGAGAGGCCUGUCCCUCGCCGGCCCUGCUUAGGAGCUGGAGGCACGAGGACAACAAAACCCUCUUCUUCAAUAUCUAUGGUAUCACUGAGGUGUCGUGCUGGGCCUGCUGCUACAAAAUACCACAGUCCAGCAACCUAUCCUCCAGCUUGGCGGCCUCAGUGCCUCUCGGGACGCCUCUGAUGGACACGGUGGUGGAAGUCAGAGAUGAACAUGGUGGCGUUGUUACAGAGGGUGAAGGACAGGUGUUCAUAGGUGGAGAGGACAGAGUAUGUCUCCUGAACGAUGAGGAGGAUGUUACCCCCGGGACAAUGAGAGCCACUGGAGACUGGGUGAAUGUUAGAGACGGACAGCUGUUCUACCUGGGACGGAGAGACAGGCUGAUAAAACGCAACGGGAAACGGGUGAACUUGGACGGCUUGCAGCAGCUCAUAUCGGGUCUACCUCAGGUGGAGGCCUGUGCUGUGGGUCUGUACGAAGGCGUUCGGCUGCUUGCCUUUGUCGUGGCGUCCACAUCUGGAGGCCAGAAAGCAGCUGCUUCUCUCCCCUCUCCUGCACAGCUGCACGUGGAGAAAUCCCCCUCAGCUCUGGCUCAGCCUCAGGACGACCUCCGCUCUCCUGUAAGACUCCAGCAGACGAGCGGUGCGAACAGGGAUGUGAGCAGGCAGAUUGUGGACCAGCUGUCUCUGCUGCUGCCGUCACACAGUGUUCCUGACACGCUGCUGCUGGUCCCGGCCUUGUGCCUGACGCCUCAUGGCAAAGUAGACAUGGAGGCACUGAUGAAGAUAUACCAGAGACAAAAACCGGGUUUAGAGGCUCCACUGGGAGAUUUCAGCAAACUAAAGCAAACCCUCCAGUCUCUGUGGCAGGAUACUUUAGGUUUGCCUGAAGAUGUGACCGUUGAUGAGGAAUCCAACUUCCUGUUGAGUGGAGGAGAUUCUCUGAAGGCGCUGCACCUCUGUGAGGACAUCCUCUCGGCUGUGGGACUCACUUCACCCGGACUCCUGGAGGUUGUAUUGGAUGGCAGCUUUUCUGACGUCCUGACCUACAUUGCCAGAGUGACACUGACGCCGCCACUUGAGAACAGCACGCCGCCACUUCCCGAGGCCCAGAAACGGCACGCUGCUGCUCCGUCUGCUGUUCUAGCGAAGAGAGAACGCAAAGGAUCUCAGUCUGCAGCAGAAGAGAGGCCGCAGGGGGAGAGACAGGCUUUUAAAGUUAUAAGACGAGCAGGAGAGGUGAUAGAGAUUAAUGUCAGAUCAGGCCUUCAGGAGGAUGCAGUCGAAGAGAAAGAUUUAACUAAGACACGGAGAGAUGAUGCUGUGGGCCUCUGUCUGAGCUGGUCCUCGGACACAGGCAGAUGCGUGGACGCCUCCCCGGUGCUUCUAGUCCAUGAAAGAACAGAUCAGAGGUCAGAUGAGGCCAAAACUACCGUGUUCGUCGGCUCUCACUCUCACAGGAUCCAGGCUCUAGACCUGGACACUGGGAGCCUUGUGUGGGAGCGAGUGCUUGGGGACAGGAUCGAGGCGUCGGCUGCUGUGUCUCACUGUGGGACGUUGGUGAUUGUAGGUUGCUACGAUGGCUGUGUUUAUUUCUUGUGUGCUGCAUCCGGAAAGACGCGGUGGAUAUUUGAGACGGGAGACGCCGUGAAGAGCUCUGCUGCUGUGGAUCCUUACACAGGUCUGGUGAUAGUGGGCUCACACGAUGGACACGUUUACGCCCUGAACCCAAAGAUGAAGCAGUGUGUUUGGAAGCGUCACUGUGGUGGUGGAGCUGUGUUCUCCUCCCCUUGUCUCCAGCCCUCCCUCAGACAGCUGUACGUGGCGUCACUGGGGGGUCGCCUCCUCUGUCUCAACCCUGACAGUGGAGAGGUCUUGUGGUCCGACUGCAGGGACGUCCCAUUCUUCUCAUCACCAAACUGCUCCUCUGGUCUUGUUGCGAUCGGCUCUGUGGAUGGAAACAUCUGCUGUUACAGCAACACGGGGAGACCGAUGUGGCUGUUUUCAACAAAAGGACCUGUCUUCUCGUCUCCAUGUGUCUCACCGGACCAGCAGAGGCUUCUGUGUGGAUCACAUGACGGGCACCUGUACUGUUUAAACUGCGCCGACGGAUCUUUAGUCUGGACUUUCCAGUCGUCAGGCAAAGUGUUCUCCAGUCCGUGUGUGUUCGACGGCUCGGCUGUGGGCCGGAGUGGGAAGCUGGUGGGCCUGGCCUCAACAGACGGCACAGUCUGGAUCCUGGAUGGUGAAAACGGACAAAUGCUGGCCUCACACUCUCUACCGGGGGAACUGUUUUCAUCCCCAGUGGUGUACAAACGCUCUCUUGUUAUCGGGUGCCGCAAUGACUAUGUGUAUUGUUUAAAUCUGACUGUCAAAGAGGAAGCACAGAAGGAUUAAAUCUAUUUUUGUACAGAUUUUGAUUGUAAAUAAUUGUUUUUUAUAUCUUAA